AAUAUAUAUUCCUUUUCAUCAUUUAGCUAUAUUCAUGAUAUAUCUAGGGACACAAGUUAGGUGUGUCUUAUUCUUGCUCUUUAAUUUGGUUGCUUUGUUGCUGUGCCCUUUAACUCUUUAAGCUCCUGUUCCUGUGUUUCUUGCUCUCAAUAAAUAUUAUUCAUAUCAUAAUAAUAUGCUUCACUCCUUCAAACAUAUUGAGAGGUAGUAACUAAUUAAUGGAUGAUAAAUACAGUGGGAUAUGGAGAUCCUUAAGAGAUGGAGAAUUUGAAGAAGAAGAGGUUUGGUCAGUUAUGAAAGAGAGAGGAGAUUAUUAUAGUGGUUCAGCACUGAAGAGGUGCAUGGAUACACCUUCUUCUCCUCCUCUUUCUGUUCCAAGAAAACUGCCAUCUGCAGCAAGAAUGAUUCCGAGGGACCACAGCAACACCAGCAGCAGCUGUGCGAGUUCUUCACGUGAGGUCAACGUUCUUCAUCAGCAAUCAGCCCCGGUCAACGUUCCUGAUUGGUCAACGAUUUAUAGGACCAACAAGAAGCAAAAUAAUAAUAAUAAUAAUAAUAAUAAUAAAUUUUGUGUUUCUUUUGAUGAUGAAGAAGAAAACAAUGAUGAAGAGGAAAUUGAUGAUGAUGAUGAUGAUGAUGAUGAUGAUGAUGAUGAUGAUGAUGAGUAUGAUCCAAAGCUACCACCACAUGAAAUCAUUGCAAGGAGGCUUGCAAGGACUCAGAUUUCAUCAUUUUCAGUAUUUGAAGGUGUUGGGAGGACCCUCAAAGGAGGGUAUCAAAUGAUUCCUUUGGGCAUUUAUUAUGGGAAAGCAAAGAAUCAAAAUCCGGGGUGGCAGCUCCAAGUGAAUUCAAUUUGAUAACUGCUAUGUGACGUUUAUUGGAUCUUGGGAUAUUGUAUAGAAUUGAUGGAUGUCCCAAGUUAAUUAAUAAUUAGUAGCAUUGAAAUUGAAUCAAGUAUAUUCAUAAUACAAUCUAGUUCUAUAUUCAAGUCAUUUAAUCAAUUAAGUCAUUCUAUGUGUUCUCUUCAUUUUUUUUUGUUUAUGAUCAAUGCUCUUUGAUUUGAUUUAAAGAUUUGGAUCAUUUUUUUAAUCAAGUUGUGAUAAAAUCAAGUUUAAAUAGAUAUUUCGUUUUCGAAGACAAUGAAUAAUGCAAGUUCAGACUGUCAGUUGAACUAGAGCGAAUUGGAUUAUUGUGUUGAAAUGAAUCAAGUGGAUGAAGUUUGAUUCAAACCUCAUAAAUAUAGUUAGUUAGUAUUUGAUGCUCCUGUAGUUGAAUAAUUUUAUUUUUAUUUGUGAAAAUUGGUGUUCAUGGUUGAAAGUUUGAAUUUGACUAUAAUGUAUGAUUUUUGAAUUUUUUUUUCCAUUGAGUUUGGUUUUGUUCCUAGUUUCGAUACAUUUGGAAAGACAUGUUU